AUGGCUCCGAAACCAGGUCGCAGGACCUCUCUGAGGCUUGAUCUGUCUCAGGGCGCUCCCCUCGAGUCCCCUCCAGGUGUUGCGGCGUUGUUCUUGAUCCGCUUCGAUAUUAAGAAAGGAUAUGUGAUUUCAUGGCAACAGUCGAUACCGGGUAUCGACCUCGAAGGCGCCGUCGAAUACAAGUCGCUCCCAUCGGGACUACAUAAUGUUUCGGAGGAUCUCAUAUAUUUCGUUCACGAGGAAUACGCUGGAAUAUGCGCCUUCGUAAACCAGCCGGCCGCCGAAGCUGAGCGCAAUGCUCUGAUGCUAGCCGUGGGUGUUCUCGUUCCUCUGAGCUUUGGAAGACUCGGGAAGAGCUGGAGGCAUGCAGCAGGAUUGAAGAAACUUGCAAAACAAUGCGCGAAUAAUAUAUCCGAUACCCAGGCCCUAGCAGAAUACUGGGAGAAGCACCAUGUUCGCGAUAACGAGCCUAGAUUAGAAGACACGCCUCCAGAUUCUCCCGCCGUCCUCCGCAGUUCAUUAAAAGCAAAUCGUCCUGACAGUCUACAAUCAAGGAGUUCUAUUAGUGACUCAGCAGGUCUGGAAGCGACAAGACCGUUCUUAGCACCUUAUCACCCUGCCUUGUCACUUCCAGCAUUUGUGGAAAACUUCGGUCCUCUUAUAUUCCCCCUUUAUAGAGCCUCUCUGCUGCGCAAAAGGAUCCUGAUUGUGACUGAAGCCCCAGUCCAAACAUCUUGUGACUAUGUAUAUGCACUUGCGCUGUUAUCAUCUCUCCCUCAAUCGCUGUCUCCUUUUUUUGACCAGGAUGGCGCGCCGCCGCUUCGGCCGCGACCGAUCUUUAACGUUGGAAUUCAUGAUAUCCCCUUUCUCUCAACCAACUCGGAUACAUUCUCAAGCUGGAUUGCCUGUACAACAGACAACGUGCUGGCAACAAAGACCGACCUUUUUGACAUACUAGUUACCAUGCCGACCACCCACUCGCCAAAAAAUCCACAUAAGACCUUUCCCCAAAUCGAGAUCGUGCAUCGAGUCGACGCACAGCCGAGAGCUACCAAACUCGUCACAUUAAAGGCCACACAACGCGAUGCUCGUCGCUUCGUGCUUCUCCGAGAUGGACUGCGCCGCUUAUCCAGCGCUGAAUCAGAACAAAACCAGGAACCCACCGACAACAUAGACGACAGCGCAUCAACCUUCUCAUCCUCCUCAAUCAUUGAACCCUUAUCCUGGCCACGAUUAGCAUACACAUCCUUUCUCUGGUGGGCUUCCGCAGGCGAAAAGCGUACUGGAUUAUCAGAGGAUGAGGAAGAGCAGGACGAACAGGAUACAAAUCUCUUACCGAAUACUGUUGGCCAGGCCGGCGGCCCAGGCUCGUUACUCUCGCAUCCGGGUCUUCAGUUGAAUGAGAUUGACCAGCCGAGGGAGAUUGCGCUGAUAGCUUAUUUCCGCCGCUUGACGACGCUCAUAUUCACCACGCUAGCGGACGCAGUCGCGCGUCAAGACGCGAUGGAUGAGUCCGACGAGAUUCCGCCAGCAGGCGAAUACCGCGACGACCCUGAUGGUGGUGAUGACGCCGCCGAAACUGAAGCUGAAUCCUUCUCCGCUGACCGUGACACAAAUCCUCUCCUCCCGGCUUCUAGUAACGACAAAAUAGAAGACCUACCACCAGUCUCGAUAACAUCAACCGACAUAUCCGAAAUGGGCCUCGACAUGUGGAGUGCCACAGAUCGCAUGUUCAUGGAAGAGUUACUCCAGGUGUGGUGGGGGCGCAGAGCGGAUGUAAAUGGGACGAGGAUUAGGUGUUGCGGUAUCCCGAUAUUGUAA